UCCUCCCCCAGCCCUGGCAAUAAAUAGACGCCGGGUCCCCGCCGGCUCAGACGACGACGAAGACGAUGGUGAUGAAGAUGACGGUGACGAAGGCUCUCCUCCUCGCCCUCACGGUGGGCGUGGCCUGUGCGGACGUCGACCCCGCCCAGCUCUCCGGGCCCUGGCGCACCUCCGCCAUGGCCUCCGACAACCUGGAAAUGAUCCUGGAGGGUGGGCCAUUCCGGAUGCUGUUCCGCGAGAUGGAGUGCAACGAGGAAUGCAACGCCCUGAACGUCUUCUUCUACGUCAAGAAGAACGAGGUAUGCACCCCGCACACGGUUGUGGCCCAGAAGAACGCAGACGGCAUCUACACCACUGACUUCGAGGGCCAGACCUCCUUCCAGUUCCACGAAUUGGAUCCCGUUAGGCAAAUCGUCUUCAUCAAUAACAUGGGGUCCAAAGGCAAGACCAGCCGCCUCAGCUUCCUUGUGGGUGAGCCCCCCUCACACACACAUGUACACUGCCGGUGCCCGCUAGGGAUACGCUCCACGACCCGAGAGUCUGAGCCCGACUGUAUACGGGGAAAGGGGGGCUGCAUGGCCAGGCAUAUACAGUCGGUGCCCACUGGAUAAAGCGAGUGUAUACAGUCAGUGCCCACUAGACAUGGUGGGCAUAUACAGUCGGUGCCCACUAACGCUAGCAUAUACAGUUGGCGCUCGCUAGAUGGGGUGAGCGUAUACAGUCACUAAAGUGAGUGUAUGCAGUAGGCGCACACUAAAGCGAGCGUACUCAGUCGGCGCCCACUCUUGCCACAGUCAAUUGAAUAUCAUAAAUGAGGACCCACCAGAGGACUACGCGAGGCUCACGGAGCAGAAUGGGAUCCCGCGGAAGUACAUCCGGCGUGUGGCCGACACAGGUGAGGCUUCGGCGGCUUCCGGGCUGACUUGGCGCUGACUCGGCGCUGACUCGGCUUUCCUCUCUCUCCAACAGACACCUGUCCACCCUGAGGACGCCUCCCUUGGAGAAGGUGCCAGAACGUUCUAGACCAUUCCAGAACCGCCCCUGAUCGCCUCACCAUCUCCUCCCACCUGCGAACGCGCUAGCAUGCUCCGGAACAUUCUAGAACGUUCUGGAUUGAUCCAAGAUGGUCUGGAUUGUUCCAGAAUUUCUAGAAAGCUCCGGAACAUUCUAGAAUCGGCCGUCCCCAGCUUUCUCUGCUUCCUGUUCAUGGAAUAAACUCAUCCCAGGCACAG